GAAACCUAUAUUAGGGGAAAACCAGGGUCCUCGGCAUUUUUUGCGAGCAGUGCACCCAGAAUCCAAAAAGAUUUUUUUAAAAAAGAAAGAAAGAAACCACAGUGUUUUCGGUCACCCUCACAGGGCUAUGAAAUCGUUCUACUGGACAUCGGCUUUGGGAAUUCAUUUUUGAGGUCAAUUUCCAAUCGAGAUAAAUCUAUUGGAUUAGUAGGAUUAUCUGAUUGCAGCUGAAAGAAGUAACGUUGGUUUGAUCAUUUGUAUUUCUUGCCUGAUGGUCGGAUUUACAUGGAGGUGGCUUUGGGUGCCCAGGAUUCUGGAUCGUGGUUGCAUUUGGAAAGAAAAAAGGAUCAAUCGACACGUUUUGGAAGUGUCCGUGGGUGAAUAAAAAGGAGGGGUGGGGGAGGCCCGCAAAACUGGGGUUGCGGCUGCUUAAAGAAAAAAAGAAAAAGAAGAAGAAGAAGCAUCUUGAAUCCUGAAACAAGAAUUAUCGGGUGCUCGAGAUUCCAAAAAAAAAAAAAAAAAAAGCGUCUAAAACUGGUAAAUACUUUGACCAUUUCGGCUUGAAUUUGACGGCGAAGUGUUGUAGAAACUGUCUCCUUGAAUUAUUGGAAGGGGACCGGGGGAAGAUGAGGGGGCUCCCUCUGUGGAUUUGUCUGGCUGAGGGAUAUAGACCUGCAGCUAACUGGAUUUGAUUUAUAAGAGGGAAAUCUACAGUCAAUGGCCACCCUCACCAAGUUGCUACUAUGGAAAACAGAAUGGUCAAUAGGAUAUGGUCUGAUAAAUAGAGAUGAUUGAAGAUGCUGCCUCAAUACAUGUGAAAUCAAUGGGAGAUACUUGCUGCAUGAAGAGUGUUCUGAACUUUUCCUGACCAGCUCACUUUUGAGGAAUUGGAGGCAUAUAAUACCAUUAUACAGUCCGUCUCCAGUGGAUAUAAAUACAUUUGCCUCACUGUAACCAGACAGCUAGACAACUAAUGUGGGAUCAUGGCACGGCCCAGAUGCAUGUGGCCAGAUUACGUUUGGAGAGCAGUGAUGGCAUGCUUGGUACACAGGGGAUUGGGCGCCUCCUUGACUCUCUGUUUGUUGGGAUGUUUAAUUCAGGCUGCCCAUGUGCUCUCACAAAAAUUGGAUGAUGUGGACCCACUGGUGACAACCAACUUUGGCAAGAUAAGAGGGAUUAAGAAAGAACUCAAUAAUGAAAUUUUGGGGCCUGUUAUUCAGUUUCUUGGAGUUCCGUAUGCAGCUCCACCAACAGGAGAACAUCGUUUUCAGCCUCCAGAACCACCAUCUCCCUGGUCAGAUGUCAGGAAUGCCACUCAGUUUGCUCCUGUGUGUCCCCAGAAUAUCAUUGAUGGCAGGUUGCCAGAAGUCAUGCUUCCUGUGUGGUUUACCAAUAACUUGGAUGUGGUUUCUUCGUAUGUACAAGACCAGAGUGAAGACUGCCUUUAUUUAAACAUAUAUGUCCCAACUGAGGAUGUAAAAAGAAUAUCCAAGGAAUGUGCCAGAAAACCCGGCAAGAAAAUAUGUAGAAAAGGAGGUCCCCUUACAAAGAAACAGACAGAUGAUUUAGGUGAUAAUGACGGUGCUGAAGAUGAAGAUAUACGGGACAGUGGAGGUCCCAAGCCAGUGAUGGUGUAUAUCCAUGGUGGCUCAUACAUGGAAGGUACUGGAAAUUUAUACGAUGGGAGUGUGCUGGCGAGCUAUGGCAAUGUGAUCGUCAUCACUGUCAACUAUCGGCUUGGGGUGCUUGGUUUCUUGAGUACAGGGGAUCAGGCCGCAAAAGGAAACUAUGGACUUCUUGAUCUCAUACAGGCUUUAAGAUGGACUAGUGAGAAUAUUGGAUUCUUUGGUGGUGACCCCUUGAGAAUCACUGUUUUUGGAUCAGGCGCUGGGGGUUCAUGUGUCAAUCUGCUGACUUUAUCCCAUUAUUCUGAAGGUAACCGUUGGAGCAAUUCAACCAAAGGACUUUUUCAACGAGCAAUAGCUCAAAGUGGAACAGCCCUUUCCAGCUGGGCUGUUAGUUUCCAACCUGCAAAAUAUGCUAGAAUGUUGGCCACAAAAGUUGGUUGCAAUGUUUCAGAUACAGUAGAGUUAGUGGAAUGCCUCCAGAAGAAGCCUUACAAAGAACUUGUUGAUCAAGAUAUUCAGCCUGCCAGAUACCACAUAGCCUUUGGACCUGUGAUCGAUGGUGAUGUCAUACCAGAUGACCCCCAGAUAUUGAUGGAGCAAGGAGAGUUUCUCAACUAUGACAUAAUGUUAGGAGUUAACCAAGGGGAAGGGUUAAAAUUUGUUGAAAAUAUAGUAGAUAGUGAUGAUGGUAUAUCAGCUAGUGACUUUGACUUUGCAGUUUCCAAUUUUGUUGAUAAUUUAUACGGCUAUCCUGAAGGCAAAGAUGUUUUGAGAGAAACCAUUAAAUUCAUGUACACUGACUGGGCUGAUCGGCAUAACCCUGAAACCAGAAGGAAGACACUUUUGGCAUUAUUUACUGACCAUCAGUGGGUGGCACCAGCUGUAGCCACAGCAGAUCUUCACUCAAACUUUGGUUCACCUACAUACUUCUACGCCUUUUACCAUCAUUGCCAAACAGAUCAGGUUCCAGCUUGGGCUGAUGCAGCCCAUGGAGAUGAGGUUCCCUAUGUAUUGGGAAUCCCCAUGAUUGGUCCCACAGAGUUAUUUCCUUGUAAUUUCUCCAAAAAUGAUGUGAUGCUGAGUGCUGUCGUAAUGACAUACUGGACAAACUUUGCUAAAACUGGUGACCCCAAUCAACCAGUCCCUCAAGACACAAAAUUCAUCCAUACCAAACCCAACCGCUUUGAAGAAGUAGCAUGGACCAGAUAUUCCCAGAAAGACCAACUUUAUCUCCAUAUUGGAUUAAAACCACGAGUUAAAGAGCAUUACAGGGCCAAUAAGGUGAACCUCUGGUUGGAGCUGGUACCUCAUCUGCAUAAUCUCAAUGACAUUUCUCAGUAUACCUCGACAACAACUAAAGUGCCAUCAACUGACAUCACUCUCAGACCCACGAGAAAAAAUUCUGUACCUGUCACAUCAGCCUUUCCCACUGCCAAGCAGGAUGAUCCCAAACAACAGCCAAGUCCAUUUUCAGUGGAUCAAAGGGACUACUCAACAGAGCUGAGCGUCACUAUUGCAGUCGGAGCAUCACUGUUGUUUCUGAACAUCUUGGCCUUUGCAGCCCUGUACUACAAAAAGGAUAAGAGGAGACACGAUGUCCACAGGAGGUGUAGCCCUCAGCGUACUACCACCAACGAUCUGACCCAUGCACAAGAAGAGGAAAUCAUGUCCCUCCAAAUGAAGCACACUGAUUUGGAUCAUGAAUGUGAGUCCAUCCAUCCACAUGAGGUGGUUCUUCGGACCGCCUGCCCCCCAGAUUACACACUAGCUAUGAGAAGGUCACCUGAUGAUGUUCCCUUAAUGACACCCAACACCAUUACAAUGAUUCCCAACACUAUACCAGGGAUUCAACCCUUACACACAUUCAAUACAUUUACUGGAGGACAGAACAAUACUCUGCCCCAUCCCCAUCCCCACCCCCAUUCACAUUCAACAACCAGGGUAUAGCCAGAUAAGAGAAACAAACUAUUUUUUUUUGAUGGAUUGCAGUAAAACAAAAUUACUGAAGAUUCCUUGGCUUUCAACCUACAAGACUCUCACUAUUUAAAUAAGGAGGAAUAUUAUGUGAAUAUACAUAUCAAGAACUUUGGGGGUUUUGAAAAAAAUGAAUUGUUUAUGUAUAUAUAUAUAUACACAAAUCAACUCUAAAAACAAAUUUCAAUUGCUUGAAGCAAUUGUUCUGAAUGAUACUUUUUCAUUCACAUUCAAGAAUUAAUUUUUUGAAGAUUUAAGUUGCAUAAUGGAAUUAGGCAUGUGGAACACCAAACAGAAAAGAACUAUGUCCGAAAUAUAAAAAAAAUUUAAAAACAACUAUGAAUAUGCACAAGGGACACACCAAUGGAAUGUCAGAUAAUUUUCACCAGUUUUUAUUUGGAGCUGUUUUAUUGUGUAGACCAUAUUUACAUAUUUGGAUAAGUACACAAAGCACCAAUGCUGUUAAUGGCCUUAGCGGAGGCUCAUGCUGAAAUUUGCCAGUAAAACAAAGGAGUUUAAAGACUGGCAGGUACAACAUUAUCACAUAAGUGCUGUCAGUAUAAAGUUGUGGGGAUAAAGGAAACUGGAUAUUUUUAGCACGAUGUGCAUGAUAAUUUAUAUGCUUGGUGGCUGUGCUGCUGAUUAAGCCGUAAUUAAAAUUCUUCUCAUCCCAUUGGAGUUUUUAAUAGAAGCUUCCUCCAUCAAUUGGCAGAACCUAAAGAAGAUUUUAAGGGGCAAAAGUAAUUACAGUAAAAUAAUUCACAGUAGCUUCAAUAAUAGAAGGAAUUAGCUAAUAAAGGUAUUCGAAGAAAUAUAGGUAUAGUGGUGAAUACUCGCUGAUAUGAAUCCCAGAAAAAAAAAAUUUCCUGUGUUUUUAAUGUUCUUUUCAUUCCCAUCUAAAUAAUUUAUAGAAAUAUAACCCUAAUUGGACAUGUGUUACUGGCUCUAUAAUUUGCUGUGUUUUUUUUUGUUAUUCUGUAUUUUGUUCCUUUUGGUAAGGUGAAGUGUGUCCAAAGAGUUGUUUGAAACAGUCUUUUAUGAUAUGAAGAUGCCCCAAUAUUACCACUCUGAUGACAGUUCUCAGUUAAUUGAUUUACUCAUGUUGCAUGGCAAAAUGUUUACCAAUAAUAAUUCAAUAUAAAGUUAUGUCCCUCUUCACAUCACUUAUCUUUCUCACUGAGGUUCAUUCACUGGAAUUUACUCACGCAAUCUCAGUAGAGUGUGACAUAGAUAAAGAACCUAGGAGAGUCAACACCUGGAGGAUUUUAGUCUUACACAUGUGUGUGAUUUUAAAUGAAUACUCUAAGAUCACAGGAAACUCUUCAUCCCCUUGUUUACCAGUAAUAUCAGUAUAUCACUGACCUUUCCAAAUGUUUGUAUAUGUAAUCCGAUGUACAUUUAUAUUAAAACAAUGAGAUGGACUUAAAGAGCACAUCCUGAUAAAUACUUUCUCUCUUACCUGUACUAUAUUUCUAUUAGACUAAAGUUAUGUGAUUUUUUUUUACAUUUUUUCAGAUGACUAGCAAUUUUGAUAGUUUGUAAGAUAAUGCAAAGAACUUUCUCUGACAAACUAACUGCAGUAACAGAAACCUUUCUUUUCAGUUACUCUUUUUCAAGAAUGAAAGCUUAUUAUACAAAAGAAAAAAAUUGUAUACUACUUGAUGGAAACAACUUUGUACAUCUUGGCCAUGUCACUGGUCAUUGCGUGAAAUAAAGAUAAUCUGGAUAAUGACUAUUAGUCAAAUGCUAAGAGACAUGAUCUUUGCUCAUUAAAGAGCUAAAAUGUUUAUUGCUGUUUUGUCUUUUUUUACAAAACAAAAACAAGAGAAACAUGACUGUCUCAAAGGGUCAUUUUUCUAGACCAGUCGGGUUUUUGAAGACACAUAGGUAACUUCUACAGAAAAACAUGACCAUGUGUUUAAAGUCAAUUCUUGUCGAAGAUUGAAACUUUAACAUUAUGGAUUUAUAAGCUCCAGAAACUCUUGAAAAAUAUUAGCUUUGUAUUUUUAAAUACCCCUUUUGUGAAGGUGUUUUAGAAAUAAAGUGCCAAUUGUUUUCCGUUAGAAACACAGGUUACAAUUCUGAUCAUCAGGGAGAAGGUCUUUUGGAAAGAAAUGUGCAAAAAUUCAUGAAAUAUAUGACUCUAACUCAGUCGGUAGAGUGCUUUGCCUUGCAUGCACAAGGCCCUGGGUUCAAUCCCCAGCACCAAAAAAAAAAAAAAAAAGAAA